AUGACGUCUCAAAGCCGGUAUUCAUGCGUAACCUGUGCCCGGCGCAAAGUCAAAUGCGACAAGCUGAGCCCGUGCUCGGCCUGCUCCAAGUCACAAGUCGCGUGUAUUUAUCGAGACCCAGUGCCGUCGCAGAGAUACCGAAAGCGCGUGACUCAGCGUGAUCUCCUGUCCAAGAUCCAGGAGCUCGAAACCAUCCUUCAUAGCAAUAGGAUUCCAUUUGAAGCGCUGGAUAACUCAUGGAUUAGCUCACGGUGGGAAGAACGGCUUGCCCAGAGCCCUCAGACCCAGGCACGCUUCAUUGAGACUGCAGCGACGACUGAGGUAUCUCUACAGGCGCAAUUCGCGGCAAACCUGGACCAAACCAACGACAGGAAUAGGUCCACCCACAACGAUACAGACCUGAGCGAGCCCUCUCUAUUACUUCCUACUCAUAUCUCUACAACUGGAGGGCAACUAGAAUUACAUCCUGAUCCGAAGCACGUUUUCAAGCUUUGGCAGAUGUUCGCGGAUAACGUCAACCCUUUGAUCAAAAUUAUACACGCGCCUACUCUUCAAGAGAAGAUUUUCGAGGCAGCAUGGGCUCCAAAUUCGACUGCAAGGCCGCUCGAGGCUACCAUGUUUGCAGUAUACGCGCUAGCUGUAGCUUCAAUGAAGCCUGCUAGCUGUAUCGAUCUAUUUGGAGAAGAUAAGCAAGUGCUUGUGAAUAGAUACCGCAAAGGAGCGUUACAAGCUCUAUCUGGCACUGAUCUACUCUCAACGAGAGACAUGGAGGUACUGCAGGCUUUGACUCUUGUUCUUAUGAUUGAUCCCCAGUCAGAGCUCUCAAUCACAGCAGCUGCGCUAGCUAUGCGUAUUGCCCACAAAAUGGGAUUGCAUCAUGCCGACAAAGACUCUCAUAUGCCGUUCUUUGAGCAAGAGAUGCAAGUACGUCUAUGGUGGUGUAUUCGCGGCUUCAACUCACGCGCCCGUCGAGGCAUGGGGUUGUUAUCGACUGUUGAUGACCUGGGCGACGUGCGUCUUCCGAUGAAUGUCAACGACGCAGAUCUUCACCCGCUCAUGGAGAAACCCCCAGCAGUUCAGCAUACCGCCGCCACAGAGAUGGCUUAUUGUUUGAUGAAAUACGACCUCUGGAACUAUGUUCGGAAGUCCUCCAGAUUCUCUAGUGAUCCCAACCCAAGAGAAAAAGCCGCUCAGCUAGCCGCCUCGACGAGUGUUGAAAACAUGGCAGUGAAAAGAAUGAUGCUUAGCAACGUAACUCACAUGCUCCAGGAAAGGUAUCUUGCGUAUCUUGACCAGAGUAUACCACUGCAUCGGCUCUCGAUCGCCUUGGCGGGGCUUACCGUCCACAAUCAGCGCUUCUCAAUGUUCCAUCCUCGCCAUCAACCUGGAGGUGGCAGAAACAUGUCUCAAGCCGACCAGGACUUUGUUUUCGAAAGCAGUGUCCGGUUGCUGGAGUUGAAUCAUGACGUGCGCCACACAAACUUCUCGAUAAACUUGGUGGACCAUAUGGUAUGCAGAACACCGGUUGAUGCUCUGGUGUACAUGGUUAGUGAGCUGCGACAACGUAUGAGUGGCUGCCUCGUCGAUACUGCGUGGACGUUGCUGGAGGAACUGUUUGACGAACAGUUUGCAAUUCCACCGGGAGAGCAUAAAUUCUACGCCGCGCUGGUGGAUUUGAUACUACAGGCAUGGGCGGCACGCCGGCGUACACUAGAUCAUAGACAGGAUAUCGCUCCCAAAUUUAUCGAAAGGCUGCAGGCAGUAAGUGGCGCUGCCGAUGAUACACAAGACCCAGCAUCAGAUACGGAAAAUCUGCAGGUUGGACUGAUAGGCGAUCUGAUGCACGACGAAUCUCUAGACUGGACUUACUGGAAUGAUCUGCUCCAACUAUGA